GCUAGACAUCACAAAAUUCAAGAAACACUCCAGAUCCGCAGCAUUUUUUUUUCUUAGCUGAGGCGGUAGCUUCGCACUUAUCACGUUCCAUUUUCAAACCCUCAAACCACACACCAUGCCAACAGUCACCCUCUAUCCGCCUUCAUCCACAGCCACCCCCCCACUCAAGACCGAGAACCCCCUUCCACCCCUCUUGCACACACCAACCGGCCUCGCCCUCCUCGAAAUUCAAGGCACGAUCCACUUCCCGCCUCCUUCCGCUACCUCGACCUCAUCACGCGUCGGCAAGCUCGUCUUCCCGACCUACAACCCCAAUCUCAAUGGCGAAGAGGAUACAAAGUGGAUGAAGAGGGUGUAUCUGUAUAUCGGCGAGAAUCAGAGGAUGGUUGGGGAGUGUAAAAGGUUGGGGAGGCCGUUUGCUGUUAUUAGGAGGAGAGGACAGGACGAAGGUGGAGAUGAGGUGAUGGAGGGUGGGGAGGAAGGGACGGGAACGGGUGAGGGAGAGGAGUUGGAGAUUGUGGAGGUGGUGAGACAUAAGAUUGUUUUUUCUGGACGGCCGGAGCCGGUUGGUGGGGGGACGGAAGAGAGCUGAGAGGGCGAAGGGGACGGCACAAAACGAAGCGCAGAAGUAACAAGCAGGCCGUUCACAUUGCGGAUCCGACAAGACUGUGUGGUUUUUAGAACGACACGCUCAUCGCGACGACGACAUCAAAAUCGGACGAGGGUCUAAGCAAAGAGGGGUUCUUGGAAACAGGCGCAGACGAUGCAUUCGAUCAAACAGUGGCAUCUACGUCAUACUCGACAUCCGUCCGAAUCACAUACUUCGCGCCCUCAACCACACCGGUACCCUCAUGCAGCAGCGCGCCCGCCGCCUCACCGUGCGGGAACACAGCCACGCUGCCCAUGAUCGGUUUCACAGGAUACGCGUUGAUAACGCCCUCCUUCACACUGGGGAUGAAGAACGUCGUCUCGCCACCGCGGAAGUCGUCGUUGAGGUAGAUCAGGAACGUGAACAGACUCGACUGGCGGGCAUCAGACGG